GAUUGAUUAAAAACUUAAAAUAUCGUAAAGAUGUUGCUAAACCCCGUGAGUUUUGUGGCAUUAGUUGUCUCAUUACCAGUUACAUUUUCACAACUGGUCGUAAAUGUUAAAAACAAAGGGGGCGAUGUAAUAAGAGAAGUUAUUUCGGGCAACACGACAUCCGAUGUAGUGGAGCUGCAAUUUCAGAAUACAGACGGCACACUCAUCAAUCAGUUCAUCGACUUCAAAUCGGAAGUGCAGAUUUUCCGUGCCUUUGUGCUGAGAGAGGAGGAACUUGGAUUCUCCAGAAAUAAACCCAUCACUUUAUGCUUUGUGUCCAGAUUUAACAAGAAUGAGUUCAUUUCUUCUGAUGCGAUGUCAAAACUCCGACAG